GGCUGGUCUAGGUUAUGUGUUAUGGCUUACUUCUCAAGACCUCAGGCAAGCAACUCGGCUAUCAGGAUUGUCGCUCCUGGUGAACAGGAGGACAAGUCCAUCAAGCCGCAGACGCCCAAGAAGGAUUCGACUCAACGACAAUGCCGCAACGUUCUCAUCUAUGGUUCAUGUAAAUUUCAGGAUAAAGGAUGUCACUACUACCACCCUUCGAUCGAAUCUUAUUCCACUACUCCAACUGCCGCUCCUGGCUUAUCCACCGGUCUCUCCGCCGAAGCUGUUAACGCCCCCGUGUUCGUUCCCAAAGGCGCCUCCAGCUCGCUCUCUCCUACUUUAAGCGCAACAUCCACCACCGCCGCGUCGCCUCCCCCGAUCGACUACCAGAGUAAUGAUCAAUAUAAUCCUUACCUUUCUACAGACGCUAUUGACUCUGGCAAUGCUGGUGGCAUGCCCAUGGACGCUAUGGGUUACCCGCGGGACUUUCAUCAGUCACCAUUUGCUGAAGGCGACCUUUCCAUGAACGGAUUUUAUGCCUCAAAUCAAGCAGGUUUUGUCCGCCAGCCGCUCAACUAUCAUAUCUACACUCGGCCAAUCGACAGUGCCAACAGCCACUUUAUCUCUGAUUCACUCCGUGAGGAGCUCCAGAAACGUGCCGAAGCCACUCAAACCUCCAUCGGACCAUCCAUGGGCCUUCCGGAGGAACUUCAAGGCUAUCAUUCUCUUGCGCCGUUGGAGGAGACCACUGGCGAGAGACGGAAAGUCUUCAGCUGGCACUCCACCGUGUAUCGGGCUAUCAACGCAGUCGAUGGCGUGGCAUAUGUCCUCCGCCGGAUUGAGAAUUAUCGUUUGGCUCAGUCAUCCGCCUUCAGCUCGAUUGAAGCUUGGUCUCGCAUACGGCAUCCUAAUAUCGUUCGCCUCCGAGAGGCCUUUACAACCCGUGCCUUCAACGACAACUCGCUUGUGGUUGUAUAUGACUACCACCCUAAUGCUCUGACUCUGCAAGAUGCUCACUUGAAGGCCAAACCUAUCGCAUACCACCGUUCUCGUUCAGCGUCGGUCCCGGACCUUGUGUCAGAAGCCGCGUUAUGGUCCUACAUUGCUCAAAUCGCCAGUGCCAUUAAGACAGUCCACGAGGCAGGUCUUGCGGUUCGCAUCCUGGACCCGUCCAAAAUUCUACUUUAUGGAAAGAACAGGGUCCACCUUGGUUCAUGUGGAAUUGUCGACGUCUUGAUGCAUGAUACCCGACAAGAUAUCGCAGCUCUUCAGCAAGAGGACUUUAUCAUGUUUGGCCGGCUCAUCUUUGCUCUAUGUUGCGGUACCACCACAGCCAUCAGCUCACUGGCGAAAGCAGUUGAAGCUUUAUCGAGGUAUUAUUCCAACGACAUCAAGUCUAUAGCGUUGUAUCUUGUCUCAAAGCCAGGUAAUCCCAAGAAUAUUGCACAAGUCUUGGAUCUGGUUGGCAGGCCAAGAUUGGUUCGCGAGAUGGACGAGCUGCAUACCGCAGUGGAUCGCGUUGAAGGUGAUCUGAUGAGCGAGCUCGAGAACGGCCGGCUAUUCCGACUCAUGUGCAAACUCGGAUUUAUCAACGAGCGGCCAGAAUUCGCUCGCGAGCCACGGUGGUCCGAGACUGGCGACCGGUAUAUCAUCAAGCUUUUCCGCGAUUACGUCUUCCACCAGGUGGAUGAGAAUGGCAACCCGGUCCUCAACAUGUCCCACGUCUUGUCUUGUCUGAACAAGCUUGACAUCGGGGUGGAGGAGCGAAUCAUGCUGGUAUCUCGGGACGAGCAGAGCUGCUUGGUGGUGAGCUACAAGGAGGUGAAGGCGUGCGUCGACUCUACCUUCAACGACUUGGCACGGGGUUGAGUUAGCUCCCCAUUUAUAUAAUUACACGUAUAACUUGAAAAAGACGCGUAAAAUAGAAAAAUGGUGUUUCCACUCUAAUUGCUUGGCCACUUGGAGUGACAUGUGUGGGGUCACAGCCACGUGUGGAUGGCAUUCUAGUGAUGUCAUAGGUGGACGCGGUCAUAUGCGUUGGGCUGGUUGAAAUUGGCACUUACAAGUUCCUCCUCGAUCUCAUGCAGACCUCUCACAUCUUUAGACGCGUGCAUUUGUCACAAUCUCGGACUUUCUCCGCGAGCUGCUCGGUCCUAGGCAGACGCGCCAUUGUCUACUCUCAGAACGGCGAGCCAUCCGAGGUUCUCAAGGCUCUGACCUCCGACGACCUCCCGCCUCCUCCCCCGGGCACUGCAAACAUCCGCUUCCUCCUCUCUCCAAUCAAUCCUGCCGACAUUAAUGUCAUCCAAGGUGUCUACCCCAAGAAACCCGACCCACAGACCACCCUCAGUUCUUCUGGCUUGGGAAGUCAGGACUCCCCGGCAUUCGUCGGCGGUAACGAAGGUGUCGCAGAGAUCACCGCACUUGGGGAGGGUGUCGCGGGUUUGAACAAAGGUGACUGGGUGAUAAUGGCAAAGCAGCAAUCCGGGACCUGGUCCUCCACGCUGAAUGUCGCGCAUCAAGACGUGACCAAGGUACCCCAGGAUGGCCUGACCGAGGUUGACGCUGCAAUGAUUACGGUUAAUCCUCCUACCGCAUACAACUUACUUAAUGACUUUGCGUUGCUAAGGAAAGGCGACUGGGUGGUACAGAACGGCGCAAACAGUGCUGUUGGGCGGGCUGUAAUUCAAAUAGCUGCUACCAAAGGUUUGAAGACCAUCAACUUUGUCCGCAACCGCGAUAACUUUGAUGAACUUAGGAACGAGCUUGUCACAUUGGGCGCAACCCACGUUGCCACAUAUGACGACCUUAUGGACAAAGCAUUUAUAAAAACAGCCAAAGGGUGGACGAGCGGCCAGGACAUCCGCCUUGGUCUGAACUGCGUCAGUGGUAAGCCCACGAGCCAAAUGGCUCGACUGCUUGGAAAGGAUGCCCAUCUUGUUUCGUACGGUGCCAUGUCCAAGGAACCAUUGUCACUACCAACGUCCCUUUUCAUCUUCAAGAACCUAAAGUGUCACGGAUUCUGGCAAAGCCGGUGGUAUGAGAAUAGCAGCCGCCUUCAAAGGGACCAAUUAAUAGAGACGCUUGUCAAUUACUUCCGCGACGGCCAGCUGAAGAGCCCUGACUACCGAAUGAUCAGCAUAGAGAAGCAUCUGUCCGAUGAGGAGGCGGGUCAGCGAAUACGCGAUAUCAUGCGAGGUAUGUCUAAUGGGGAGAUCAAGGAGAAGGUCCUUCUCCGGCUAGAGGAGACCGCGUGAGCUCGCUGCGUUCUUUGUUACACUCGUUAUUCCUGUAAAUGUACUUCCAUAGAUGGGUAGCGCCGCCAUGAUGGCUGUAUUGUUAAAGUCCAGUACAUAGCAAGCAGCUCAUCUCGUUUGAGGUGAAUAGAG